AUGUCUAAUACGGAGACUUCUCCAGGAAGCUCCAUGAAUGGAGUCUCAGCAAAAGAACAAACCUUUGCGUUCUUAGUCACCAACACAGAUAUCCCAACAGACGCUACCGCAAAAUUCUCUCUCCCAGUGGAUUCAGAGCACAAAGCCAAAGUAUUCAAUAUUUUCUCCUUAGCCAACCCACACAUGACCACUUUCCACCUUUCUUGCCUCUCCUUCUUCACUUGUUUCAUCUCCACAUUCGCCACAGCUCCUUUAGUUCCCCUCAUCAGAGACAACUUGAACCUCACAAAGAAAGACAUAGGCAAUGCUGGGAUAGCUUCAGUCUCUGGUGGUAUCUUUUCUAGGCUUGUAAUGGGCGCAGCCUGUGACCUAUUAGGUCCUCGUUAUGCUUGUGCCUUUGUGAUAAUGCUUUCUGCACCCAUAGUCUUUUGCAUGACAUUUGUGUCAUCUGCUGAAGGAUAUGUAGCUGUUCGAUUCAUGAUUGGAUUUUCUCUAGCAACUUUUGUUUCAUGCCAAUUUUGGAUGAGUAAUAUGUUUAAUGGGAAGAUUAUUGGGCUUGUAAAUGGAACUGCUGCUGGAUGGGGGAAUAUGGGAGGUGGGGUGACUCAGUUGCUUAUGCCUUUGCUUUAUGAGUUAAUUAGGAGAGCUGGGGCUAAUCCUUUUACUGCUUGGAGGAUUGCUUUCUUUAUUCCUGGAUUGUUGCAUGUGAUUAUGGGGAUUUUGGUUUUGAGUUUAGGCCAAGAUUUACCUGAUGGGAACCUUACUACCUUGCAGAAGAAGGGAGAUGUUCACAAGGAUAAGUUCUCCAAGUUGGAUAGGCCUAAUGCGAGGAAAUCCAUGUAA